AAGCCUCUCCUCCUCGGCAACCACGGCGCCCGGCGUUGGCUUCACAGCUGUUUGUAGGCCUAGGGGUGAGGGUCUGCGGAAGGUAGAGCCUCCUGCGGCCCCGCCCGCCCUCCCGCCGCUGAAUCCGCAGGCUCCUGCCGCCCUGCCUCGCCCAGCUUUGCCCUGCCGCUGGGGCGGACCGCCGGGCGGGCUUCUCCGGUGCGGCUGCCCGUGCUUCUGACUGACAGGCACUGUUCCCACAGCCCGUGGAGCCCGCCACGUCCCCGGUCUCGGCCGACGGCACAUUAAGGCGGGUGACCUUUCCGAGCCCAGCGCGAUGACGGCUACCUGCUCCCGGCUGGCCCGGCUUCCUCGGCGCCGCUGGCGUCGGCUUGUGCGGUUCCCGCCGCCGCCGCCACUACUGUUGCUGCUGCUGCUGCUGCUGGCGGCUGUAGGGCCGGCACACGGCUGGGAGAGUGGAGACCUGGAGUUAUUUGACUUGGUGGAGGAGGUGCAGCUCAACUUCUACCAGUUCCUCGGAGUGGAGCAGGAUGCUUCAUCUGCAGACAUUAGAAAAGCAUAUCGUAAGCUUUCACUGACUUUGCAUCCAGACAAGAAUAAAGAUGAAAAUGCAGAAACUCAGUUUAGACAAUUGGUGGCCAUUUAUGAAGUUUUGAAGGAUGAUGAACGAAGGCAGAGGUAUGAUGAUAUUCUGAUCAAUGGACUUCCAGAUUGGCGACAGCCUGUAUUCUACUACAGGCGGGUGAGAAAAAUGAGCAAUGCUGAGCUGGCAUUACUUUUGUUCAUUAUUCUCACAGUGGGUCAUUACGCUGUGGUUUGGUCAAUCUACCUGGAAAAACAACUGGAUGAACUGCUUAGUAGAAAAAAGAGAGAAAAGAAAAAAAAGACAGGCGGCAAGAGUGUGGAUGUGUCAAAACUUGGUGCCUCCGAAAAAAAUGAAAGAUUAGUGAUGAAACCACAGUGGCAUGAUUUGCUUCCAUGCAAGCUGGGAAUUUGGUUUUGCCUUACGCUAAAAGCAUUGCCUCAUCUAAUCCAGGAUGCCGGGGAGUUUUAUGCUAAAUAUAAAGAAACAAGAUUGAAGAAAAAGGAAGAUGCACUGAGUCGGGCUGAACUUGAAACACUUCAAAAACAGAAGAAAGUUAAAGUAAAAAAACCAAAACCUGAAUUUCCUGUAUAUACGCCUUUAGAAAGUGCAUAUAUUCAAUCUUAUGAUCAUGGAACUUCUAUAGAAGAAAUUGAGGAACAAAUGGAUGAUUGGCUGGAAAACAGAAACAAAACACAGAAAAAACAGGCACCUGAAUGGACAGAAGAGGACCUCAGCCAGCUGACAAGAAGUAUGGUUAAGUUCCCAGGAGGGACCCCAGGUCGAUGGGAAAAGAUUGCCCACGAAUUGGGUCGAUCGGUGACAGAUGUGACAACCAAAGCCAAGCAACUGAAGGAUUCAGUUACCUGCUCCCCAGGAAUGGUCAGACUCUCCGAACUCAAGUCAACAGCCCAGAAUCUCCGGCCCUCCAAGGCCGCCACGGCCUUGCCAGAUGACAUCAUCACCCAGCGAGAAGAUGCACGGCAGGCCGGGGAGGAAGACAAGGAGGACGAGCAGGAGGAGGAAGAUGACGACGAGCAGGAGGCAGUGCUCCCGGAAAGCCGGCCACGGAGGCGGAGGCCGGCCAGGCCGCCUGAGGCGGCAACGAGGGUGGAGCCCGAGGAGAAGUUCAGAGGAAAGAGGCAGAAGGACUUCGAUAUUUCAGAACAAAACGAAUCCAGUGAUGAGGAGAGCCAGAAGAAAGAGAGAACUCGUGCUGCCGAGGAGCCAUGGACUCAGAGUCAACAGAAGCUUCUGGAAUUAGCAUUACAGCAGUACCCAAAGGGAUCUUCGGACCGCUGGGACAAAAUAGCCAAAUGUGUCCCGUCUAAGAGUAAGGAAGACUGUAUCGCUAGAUACAAGUUGCUGGUUGAACUGGUCCAAAAGAAAAAACAAGCUAAAAGCUGAAUAUUCUGGAAGAUGAUGUUCACCUUCAUUUUCCAAAACGAUUAUUUUAAAAGUCUUAUGCAGAAAUUUGCAUUUUGUACCUCAACCUUUCUAUACGUCAUGUGCCUUAGUAAAAAAAAAAAAAAAAAAAAAAAAUUAAAAAAGUUUUUAAAA